AUGAAAAGGAGGGAAGAGGAGUACAAAGUAGGAGAAAAGGUUUUGUUGAAAAUUUCACCCAUGAAAGGGGUGAUGAGGUUUGGAAAGAAGGGAAAGUUAAGCCCAAAGUACAUAGCGCCAUAUGAGAUCAUUCAGAAAGUGGAAAAAGUGGCUUAUAAGUUGAAUUUGCCUAACGAGCUUGAAAGAGUUCACAAUGUGUUCCAUGUGAGCCAAAUCCGAAAGUAUAUUCCUGAUGUGACACAUGUGUUACAACCAGAAACCAUUGAGAUGGAUGAGAAUUUGACUUAUGAGAAAAGACCAGUAAAGAUUCUUGACUCUAAGGUCAGGAGCACAAGGAACAAGGAUGUGAGCAUUGUGAAAGUAUUGUGGUCAAAUCAGAAAACUGAAGAGGCUACAUGGGAAGCUGAGGCUGAUAUGAGGAAACGUUACCCAGAACUGUUUGACUAA